AAUUCAGUCAUCCAUUUGUCAGAUUCAAGUAAUGUGUGUCAGAUUUGUUUUUUUUUGUUUUUUUUGUUUUUUUUAAAGCUACCCGACAAGAGCGGAUACAUUGUGAAGUACGACUCAAAAGGAUGUGGUUGACUGUGAGAUAACGAAGCAAAUUAGGUGGAAGGAGUUGCGCUGCUCUCUGCACAACUGCACAGCGGAACUUUAUAACUAAAACAAGUGGGCUUGUCUGGUUUUUAACAUUCUUUUGGGGAGCGGGGGGGGGGGGUGUGAUGGAUUUGUGACAAGGAUUUGAUGACAGAAGAUGGAAGUGGAAGAGAGCUUUGAGAUGAGGACAUCCUGGUCACAAAGAGCAGGAGAAACGCAGUCCACCACAGCCUGUGACCAUGCCGGAAAGAAGAGAAAACAAGACUCGACACCUGAACCUGUGAUCAGAAUCACAGAGGAUGACGAGCGGGAGGAGGAGGAGGAAGAGCAAGAGGAGGAUGAAGAAAUGUUGCCCCAGCACAUGAAUGACGCAGAGGAGCCCAGCAACAAACGGGUCAAACCAGUGGUCAAAUCAAACAGCCUAACAGGGGUCAUCACCCCGGCGAAGACCCCUGCUCUCAAACGCAUCGGACAGUCCAUUUCGCGCUCCAUCAGUUUUCGAACAGAGGCUCGGCCUUUGCCCGCGCCGCCCCUGCGCUCGCGCGCAAAGGUCACCUCGUUUCCACGGAGGCGCAACAGCCAGUGCUGGAGCGACACGGUGGAGAGUCACAACCUCACUGCCAGGGAGAUCAAACGUCAAGAGGUCAUCUAUGAGCUGACUGAGGGGGAGCGACAACUCAUCGAGGACCUCAGUCUUGUUAAGAAGGUGUACUUUGAGCCCAUGCUGAAGCUGGACAUCAUGUCCGAGAGUGAACUCCGGCAGAUUUUUGGCACUCUGGACUCCCUCAUUCCUCUCCAUGAAGAUCUGCUAAGCCGUCUUGAGCGUCUGAGGGGGUCGAAGAAAACUGUGGGCGAGGUGGCUCCCACUCUCAUGAAUUGGUUUCCUUGCCUGGAAGCCUAUGUCACAUACUGCUGCAACCAGGUGGAGGCCAAAGCGCUACUGGACCACAAGAAGCACGAGAAGCGAGUGGAGCAGUUCUUGCGCCUGUGCCAGGAGUCGUCGUUUAGCAGGAAACUGGGCCUCUGGAACUUUCUGGAUCUCCCUCGAAGCCGUUUGGUGAAAUAUCCUCUUUUGCUGAAAGAGAUUCAGAAGUGCACACCUGCUGAGCAUCCCGAUGAGUUUACAUUGCCUGAUGCAUUGCAAGUGAUCCAGAGCAUUGUGGCGGAGGUGAACAAAAAGACGGGUGAAGCUGAGUGUCAGUUCUACCGGCGGGGGCUCACCUACCUCGAAGAUAGCCAGAGACUUCCCGAGAUCCAGCAGUCACGCUUCCUCUACUGCCACGGGGAGCUCAAGAACAAUAAGGGCCAGCGUCUGCGUGUGUUCCUGUUUGAGCUGGCUCUGGUGCUGACCAGACCGGGAGAAGACCGGGAAGGAAGCCACGUCUUCCAAGUCUACAGGCAACCUCUUCCCAACGCCUCCUUAAACCUGGAGGUGAUCCCAGAUGGGGAAGCGGGCGGCGGGGGUUCCUUCAGAGGAGCUUUCACGGGGGGCAAUGACAAAGUGAAAAACUGUUUUCGCGUGAGCAGCAGGGGGCGCUCCAAGGCCCACUCCUACAGCCUGCAGGCCAACGACUCCUUCAGCAAGCAACAGUGGGUCACAUGUCUACGCCAGGCCGUGGUCCAGUCUCGAGACAGGAAGGCCCAGAGCAGACAGUCGGUGGCGCCUCUGCACUCUGACCCUGCUCUGUGUCACAUCGCCGACCUCAGCCUCAGCUGCGACGCCGACAUGGCCGACGUCACCGGCCUCUGAGCCGUUGCGCAGGCGGCCUCUUGCGUGUCUCUUGACUUGUGCAAUGGGCUUUUUGUUCCCUUUUGGAUGACCCACCCCCCACCCCUCCCGCCCACGGAAUGGCUUUACCUUGUACAGCUGUGGAACCAGCUUACUGAAUGUACAUUUACCGUGUGUGAAUCUUUUUUUAAUUAAUAAACGCAAAAGUUUGUUCAUGAAA